ACACCGCCCGAGGAACUGUCAGGAGACGGCGCAGAUGUCGACAACCACAUCCAUGUUUUCUUGCAACAUUCCUUCGGAGACUUGAAAGUCGCCAUCCCGAUUUCCAGCAAUCGAGGGAUCAGCUGGCGGUUGAACGGGCAGACGGUUUAUCGUGGCGUCUAUGACGAUGUAGUUUAUUUAUAAUCGAGGCGAUGAUCCCCUCGAGCGACUUCACCUCACGCUCAGGCUAACGUCUCCUCUCCUGGCUUGAGGAACAGUGGUAUUUAAGGAUCCAUGCGGUCUUGCCUCACUGUUUUAUCCAAAGGGGAAAAAUUUUAAAGCAACGCCUACAAGUUUCAUCUGAGGCCUUCAUCCGAAGACACUGCUUUCAGAUGUUUCACGAUGACGGUUUCAGGUGCGUUCAAAAUUAUAUAGCCCGCCUAUUUCUUCCACGAAACCAUGUCGAACGCGAAACCCACUGCUUCACCAUCGAUUGUGCUACGCGGCUCAUCCUUCAGCAGCGUGUCUCCAGAUAAAAGUUCAAACUCAUCGGAUUUUGACCGAUAUUCCUACGCGUCUUCGUUAGGACAGACUACUCCUGAAGAUGACGAGAAUAAGAUAUUCAAACUUGACGUGCGGCAUACUUCUACCAGUGAGAGCGACACGAAUCUGCGUCCGGUCUUGCGAGGCAGCUUCAAUGUGAAGAAGGCCGCAACUGCACUCCAUCACCGUCAGCGCACGUUGUCUUCCAUUGUGAAGACUGUGAGCAGGGCUUUUACGGUCUUCAAGAAAAGGAAGUCGGACGAGGAGGAGCCGGUCUUCAUCGCUAGUCCAUUGCGAGAAAGGUUUGGAAGGAGGAUUUCGGUUAAAAUGAGACCAGAACAGUUCUACAGCCUUCCAAACCGAUAUUUCUCCGUGCAUGAUCUGCCUCUGCAAAAGGCCAAGACUGUUGGGCAUAGGGCGGAAAGAAGGAUAGCAUCCAUCUCGGGGCCGCCGUCCUCAAAUAUCAAUAAACCAUCCCGUAGACUGCGCAGCCCUAAUUUCAGUCUCCCUCUCGUCGAGGAACUACAGGCCGCUACGCCUUUGUCGCCACCUGUGGCUACGCAAGUUCCUCUUGCCGACUCCUUCCCCGAAGAGUGUGAAUCCUCACAGCAUAUUCUCAUUGGUAUUCUCCGCGUGGUGCUGUUUGUUCCCUGGUGCGCAGCAGUAGGCGGGGCGCUUCUUCUGUUCCCUCAGAAGCUCGAGGCUGUGGUGUUUCGCCCAGGCUAUCUCGAGUCCUCACAAGGUAUUCGCCAUUUUGCGUACUGGGCCGAGUGCGCAUUUCAUCAUGCCGUAAUCUUCCUGGCGUUCGUCGUCGUGCUCGCGUGGUCAAUGCUGCUGUGGGCGUUCCGGUGGCUUGUGGGCCCAUCUCCAGGUUCAUGUAUGUCUGAACCUGUUGACGAAGGGCACGGUGUUUGUGUACCAAACGCUUCUUAUUGGAGGUUGUGAAGGAGUACCGAGCGAGGACUGAUGUUAGAGUGCUUAUCCAAAGUGUCAGAAUGUAGUUUGAUUGAUUGCACAAUACAAGUGUACGACAAUCAGCCAUCUUCAAGUUCUUCCCCACAC